AUGAUCAGCGCCCCCGACGUGGUGGCGUUCACCCGGGAGGAGGAGCUGGAGGAUGAGCUGUGCAGCGAGCCGCCGCUGCCCGAGGAGUACUCGGUGCCGCUGUUCCCCUUCGCCAGCCACGGCGCCAACCCCUGGGCCAAGGUCGCCAGCUCCAAGUUCAGCCGGGAUUUCAUCCUCAUCUCCGAGUUCUCGGAGCAAGUGGGGCCUCAGCCCCUCCUGACCAUCCCCGAUGACGCCAAAGUGUCGGGUACUUUCGAUCUCAAUUACUUCUCCCUGCGGAUCAUGUCUGUGGAUUACCAGGCUUCCUUCGUGGGGCACCCUCCUGGCUCUGCCUACCCGAAGCUGAACUUCGUGGAGGAUUCCAAAGUGGUGCUGGGGGACUCGAAGGAGGGAGCCUUUGCCUACGUGCACCACUUGACUCUGUAUGACUUGGAAGCCAGAGGGUUUGUGAGGCCCUUCUGCAUGGCCUAUAUUUCUGCUGAUGAGCACAAAAUCAUGCAGCAGUUCCAGGAACUCUCUGCUGAGUUUUCCAAAGCUUCCGAAUGCCUAAAGACAGGGAACCGGAAAGCUUUUGCUAAUGAACUGGAAAAGAAACUGAAAGAUCUCGACUACACCAGGACUGUCCUGCACAACGAAACCGAGGUGCAGAAGAAAGCCAAUGACAAAGGGUAUUACACGACCCAGGCCAUUGAGAAAGCCAACGAGCUGGCCAGCGUGGAGAAGUCCAUCAUCGAGCACCAAGACCUGCUGAAACAAAUCAGGUCAUAUCCCUACAGGAAGCUGAAGGAGUCCGACUUCCACCCCUACGAGCCGGAGUGUGCGCUGCUGGAUCAGGCCAACACGGGCUGCGAUCGGGACCCCACUACCUCCGACCCUGCUGAAACUCACCUUUACACCCAUGUGCCGUCCUAUACCCCCAAGCUCAUCAAAGCCAAGUCUGCCAAAUGCUUUGACAAGAAGCUGAAGACGCUGGAGGAGCUCUGUGAUGUGUAUUUUUUCACCCAAACCCUUGACCAGUUGCACCAGAUCGAGAGGACUUUCAGGGGAGACGUGUGCUACCUCCUGACAGAGCAGAUCAGCAGGGCCCUGCUAAGGCAACAGACCAUAACUAACUUCCUCUUUGAGGAUGUGUCUUGUCUGGAUGAGAAACCACCUGAAAAACAAUACAGAGGCUGCCAGGGGCACAGUCAUGAUGCUAUGGAUGGAAAGUGUUCGGAAGAGUUCCCUGCUCCUACAGUGGUCAUCAGCUUGGGAUCCUACAAGUCCAGCGUUGAGUGCGUGCCCAUCAAGAUGGAGCAGGAAAUUGAGGACUCCCAAGAACCCCAAAUGACCGAGUCUGUGACAUUUGAGCACCAGGAGAACCUGGAUUACCUCGAUGCAGAUAUCAAAGGCAGCAUCAGCAGUGGUGAGAGCAUCGAGGUUCUGGGAACGGAGAAGUCUGCCUCUGGCUUGCCAAAGUCAGAGAGCCAGGCCAGCCUGCCCAUCAGCCCCAGCCCCCAGGCGGGCAGGAGCAAGGUGGGCAGCAGGAGGACCGUCAGCGAGGACAGCAUCGAGGUCCUCAGCACGUGUCCCUCCGAGUCGCUCAUCCCGGAGGAUUUCAAAGCAAGUUACCCAAGUGCCAUUAACGAGGAGCCCUACGUGGGGGAUGAAGAGGGAGGCCUUCGCUUCACCCCCAAACUGAACCCGGACGAUGCUGACGAGCAGGAAGAUGUUUCAAACCAGGAAAACUUAGUGCAGAUGGAUUCUGCCUGUUGUAUCGGGAAGGAGAGCCCCAACUUCCUCGAGCCUCUGCCUGACUUGGGACACAAGCCCUGCGAUGAGGACGGCGUGGUCAGGAUCCCCCCGCAGCCAUACCGGGCAGCUGAACCGGGGCUGCACAGCACCUUUGGGAGCUUCCCCUCCCACGAUGGCAUCUCAGGGGGGCUCCUGCCCUACGAGCUUGACUCCCGCUACCUGGCGGGCAGCAGGGAGGUCAGUAAGAGCAGCCUGGAUGAGUGCUCGGACUCCACGAGCUAUAUGAGCAGCGCUGCCUCCACGUGCUCUGACAGGACCCCUUCUCCAGCCCACCCUGCCUGCCAGGGGGCUGACAGGCACAAGAAGAAGGCUGGGCAGAACGCACUGAGGUUCAUCAGGCAAUACCCCUUUGCCCACCCUGCCAUCUACUCCCUGCUCAGCGGCAGGACCCUCAUCGUGCUGGGGGAGGAGGAAGCCAUAGUCAAGAAGCUCGUGACGGCACUCUCCAUCUUCGUGCCCAACUGUGGCCUUUACGCCAAGCCCGUGAAGCACUGGGUCACCUCCCCUCUGCACGUCGUGGAUUUCCAGAAGUGGAAGCUGAUCGGGCUCCAGAGGCCGGUGUCUCCCGCUGGGGUGAACGUGCUGCACGCCCUGAGCCGCUACAGCCGCUACAUCAGCAUCCUGGACGCUGACAGUAAGACCCUGCGCUGCCCCCUUUACAAAGGCUCCCUGGUGUCCCGGCUGGCCGAUCACCGCACGCAGAUCAAGCGAGGAAGCACCUACUAUAUGCACGUCCAAAGCAUCCUCACCCAGCUGUGUUCAAAAGCCUUCCUCUUCACCUUCUGCCACCAUUUGCACCUUCCCAUCAGCGAAAGGGAACCCGAAGAAUCCGUUGUGAAUCGUAGGAUGAACUUUCUGAAGCUUCAACUUGGCCUGGUCAAUGAAGACAUCAAAAUCGUGCAGUACCUGGCAGAGCUGCUGAAGCUGCAGUACAUUCAGGAACCCGGGCAGGGGGUGAGCCCUCUGCUCCGCUUUGACUAUGUGCCCAGCUUUUUGUACAAAAUCUAG